CGUCACGUGCCACACUCCCAGCACACAGCCAAGGCAUCGGAUCACCCGUGGUUUGGGCCUGAGCGCCGCGCUGCGUCUGACGCUAAGUAUCGUGCUUGGCGUACCUACAAGAAGCACCAAACGGCACGAAAUAAAAGAAAACAUAAAGAGGCAGCCCAGCGAAUAAGAAUCACACAGGACUGGGCUUCGUAACAACACUGGUCAAAACUGCCUUAAGGAAAAGCUGAGGAGCGGCCAGGUAAUAACACGGCCUCAAUGGGGCAAUGUUUAUCUUAAGGCAUUUCCCAGAGAAACAUCCUUUGUUAUCGGCCUCUGGUUUCCUCUUGUCGCUACCUCAGACAGCGUUCGGGCAGCACGCACAAGGCAAGACACAAUGAAUGCUACGGACAACCAGACCCGAGAGUGUAACCCGCUGGGCGUGUACGGCCCCGGGGAGCCGCCGGUGCCCGCGUCCCUGCUGUGGGCGGCGCUGGUCCACUGCUUCUGCCUCAUCGUCAUCGGCACUCUGGGUAACGCGCUGGCGCUGUGGUGUGUAGUGACGUGCAGGCAGACGCGGCGGGAGGUGAAGGUGCUGCUGUUCAGCGUGUUCCUGCCCGCCCUGCUGGUGUGUCUGGUGACCCGGCCAGUCAUCGCGGAGGUCCGCAUCGCCCUCCUCACGUGUGAUUUACACAGAGUCUCGAAAAGAGUCCUCAAGGCCAACAGUGUCGUGUACGUCUUCCUGGCGCAAACAGAAGUGGCCUCCAUUGCUGCCGUGGCCGUGACAAGGGCAGUGUCUGUGUGGGCGCCGCAUAAGCCAAAGCUGGGGCUGCGAGGCACCGUCGUCUUGCUGACGGUGAUAUGUGUGUACGCGGCCCUCACCGGCAUGGUCCUGCUGAGGAUGGAGGCAACGGGCGCGCUAGACGAGGCGUGGGCGGACACGCUGAUCACCACACUCUACUUCUUGGACGCCACAGUGCCGGCGCUCGUCACCACCGUCGCCUACGCCCUCAUCGUGUUUGUCAUUCAGCGGAACAAGCGUCGCCUGGCCGCCAGUCAGUGCCAGGCGCGGGAAGCCACCAUGAUGGACCAUGCCACGCGGGCCAUGCUGGCGGUCUUCAUCAGCAACUUGAUCUUCGGCAUUCCGCACUCCAUCCACCACCUCAUGGGCAAACAGCCGCACUACAUGAAGGUCAUAUUUCACGUCCUCUUCUCGACGCACUUCAUGGUGGAUCCGCUGGCAUUCGUGUGGUUCAACAGUGGCUACCGGAGGCGUGUCGGUGCUAAAAUCAUGAGAGUGACACAAGCCAUUUCGCCCUUACCCUCGUCUGUUCACCCCGAGUCUGCCUCCAACCAUGACCACCACCACCAACACUCCUCUAAGCACAAGCAGGAAGAAGUCAAGAUCUGAUCCUUGCACCGAGAGGCCGCCGUUAAUGAAGAGGCUUGUGGACACACUCGACAUGAAAUUUUGCCAAAGUGACUCACGCGACCAUUUUUUUCCCCGUCCUGCACCUCCUCCUUCUCCUCGUCCUCCUCCUCCUCCUCCUCCUUUUCUUCCCCCCUCGAUUUUUGGUCAGAGUUCGUGUUUCUCAUAAUUAGUCGUCCUUUUAAGGCAAAAGAACGAAAUAACUUGCCACUGUCAGAAGAAGCAGGGACCCGAGUGCUGUUGCAAAGGCUUAAUUAAGAAUACUGCAGACAUUCCAUGAAGAAAACCAAUCAGUAUUAUUCUCCACACAAAUGAACCGUUUAUAUCGCUAACCCAGUGCAUAGAAACAUAUGCUUCGCCCACAAUUGCUGUGUGUUAGCUCAACUGUACCUUCAUGUAAUUAUAGUUUGAAUCGUUGAAAAUGUACGUUUGGGAAUUCUGUGUA